AUGAGAGGGAGUGUGCGCGUCACAGCUGGCUCAGAAUCGAUAUAUACGAACAGACACGUCCAUUCAAGCGAUCCAAUCAAGGGAGCGAGGCGGAAACUCGCCAACCACCCAGUCAUGGGGUCCCUGGUACCCGGCUGGGACAGCAACUCGCCGCAUGCUGUCCCAAACAACCUCGUCGACCGCGACGAGACCCAGGAGCAGUUCCGGGGCGACAUCAACCUGAUGCGUCUCAGCAAGACGGCGCACCUGGCGCACGCUGCGCACGCUGCGCACGCGGAACGCCCGGCCGACCAGCGCGCGACGCACCCGCACCGCGACUCCGCGGCCACACGGUCCGACCACUACCCCGGCGGCCCCGGCAGCGCACACAGCAGCGGCCACGGACGCGCGGCGGGUCGCCCCGACGCGCCCGAGGGACGCAAGUACCCCGUAUCCCGCUCGUACACGCUCCCGAAGGAGUUCAUGUCGUUCGCGCUCAAGUCCGCGGGGGACGCCUCCGCCGGCACGCCGAAAAAGGCCCCGGCGCGGCCCGCGCUGGAGCGCCGCAGUGCCCCGGCGCGCCACCCGGUCGCGCGCGGGACGCGCGAGCUGGAGGACGACGUCGUCGUCGAGAGCCCGGACGAGGACACGGCGGAGGAGGACGCGGCGAACACGACAAAGAAGUUCGAGGGGUGCGCGUGGUGGCGUUCGAUGGACAGCGCCAACCUCAACGACCGCCCAUGA